AUGGCCAACAAGACUAAACGUCCACAACAACAAGAUGAAUGGGAAGAUGAAUCUACCCUCAAGAAGGUUCCAGUUACCUUGUUGAGUGGUUUCUUGGGAGCAGGUAAGACAACACUGCUGAGACACAUCCUAAAGAAUAGAAAUAACCUCAGAGUUGCUGUAAUUGUCAAUGAUAUGGCUGCAUUGAAUAUUGAUGAAGCUCUUGUCGAAAAAUCAGGAGUCAAACUCAAACAAUCAGAAGAGAAACUUGUCUCGAUGAAAAAUGGUUGCAUUUGCUGCACUCUUCGUGAAGAUUUACUCGUAGAAUUAUAUGAAUUGGCACAAGAAGGAAAGUUCGAUUAUUGUGUGAUUGAAUCGACGGGAAUUGGUGAGCCAAUGCAAGUGGCAGAAACUUUCACAUUCGAUGUUGGUAUUCAAAUUGAACAAGACGAAAAGAGUGGAAAGAGAAAGAAGAAGAACAAGAAGGAAAAGAAGACUUUCAUCUUGUCAGAUUUUGCACAAUUGGAUACUUGUGUGACAGUGGUAGAUUGCAACAGUUUCUUCCAAGAUUUGAAAUCAGUCGAAACAUUGGCCGAAAGAUACAACAAGCAAAAUGAUGAAGAAUAUGAAAGAAAUUUGGCAAACUUGCUGAUUGACCAAAUUGAAUUUGCCAACGUCAUCCUCUUAAAUAAGACAGAUCUCGUCACUCCGGACGAAUUGACCAAGAUUAAGGGUGUCAUUUCCAAACUAAACCCAGACGCAACCGUACACGAAACCCAAAACUCUACCGUUCCAUUGGAGAAGAUUUUAAACACUGGACUAUUUGACUUUGAAAAGGCAGCAUGCAAUCCAGGUUGGCUUAAAGAAAUUCGUGGCUCUCACAAUCCUGAAACUUUAGAAUAUGGCAUCUCCAGUUUCGUCUAUAGACGUAGAAAGCCAUUCAACACCAAACUCUUAUUCGAUUUCUUCUAUUCUGAAAAGUACAUGCAACAAAACGUGCUCAGAUCGAAAGGUUACUGUUGGCUUAAUACAAGAAAUGAUUACUGCGGAGAUUGGGAACAAGCAGGAAACCAAAUUACCAUCCACGAUGGAGGACUUUUCUUUGCAGCACUCGGUGAAGAACAAGGAAAAUCAAUGUACGGAGAGGAAGUCUUUGAAAGGGUCAAGAAGGAGGAUUUUAAGGACGGAGUUGGGGAUCGUCGUCAGGAGUUGGUGAUUAUUGGACAGAAUUUGAAUGAGGAGGAAAUAACUAAGAGAUUGGAUGCCUUAUUGAUUAGUGAUGAAGAUUUUGCUAAGGGAGUUGAGUAUUAUUCAACUCAAUUGUGUGGUGAUGAGGGAUUAUUUGCUCCGUUCAAUAGUUUUGAACAAAAUGAAGAGAUGGAAUGGGAAACUGAUGAAGAGGAAGAAGAAAAGGUUGUACCAGAAAAAAAGAAGAAUCAAAAGAAGAAAUAA